CAGACAUCCAAGAUGGCGGCUAACGGGGUCUUCAUUCGAGGAGCUGUUUUUAGGCCAGCAUCAUGUCCAGCUGUAAGGAACAUGGCAACAUUGAAAGAUAUCUCCUUGCGAUUAAGGAGUGUGAAAAAUAUCCAGAAGAUUACAAAAUCCAUGAAGAUGGUAUCAGCUGCCAAGUUUGGUAAAGCAGAGAGGGAAUUACGUCCUGCAAGAAUUUAUGGAGCUGGUGCUUCAGCUUUGUAUGAUAAAGUUGAAAUCAAACCAAGUGAUGUGGACAAGACUACACCCAAAAACCUCAUAGUUGUGAUGUCAUCUGAUCGUGGAUUGUGUGGUGGGAUCCAUUCUAACUUGGUGAAGGCUGUUAAGGCUGCUUUGGGAGAAAAGGAGGUUGAUGACAGUACAAAAAUUGUGGCAUGUGGAGAGAAAGCAAGGCAGUU